AUGCGAGACGCAGGCGAAGCAGACGCAGGGACGGCGCAGCACGGCUGGAACCGGAAGGACGUGAGCCGGAAGCUGCAGCCGGAAGAACGUUUGUGCGCAAAAACACCAGCCUCCGGGAGAAGGUCGCCGGGCAGCCAGAAAGAGGCCUGGAAGAACAACAAUAACAUUCGGAGCCCGCCGGGAGAAGGGAAGAAGCGCUGCCAACAGGGUGUCGAUAGGGAAGUCCCUCCCCUUGUGAAAUGUGGCCCUAGCUCCAUUCUUUCCCACCCCACAGCUGCGGCUGCUCACUUCAACUUUUGCCAGAACCUGCUAGAACACACCGUGUCGGCGGAGAACCUGAACUACCGGCUGCAGAGGACCUCGGGGGCCAGUCUGACCUGGCACGAUGGGCGGAGCCAGAGGUCGGCGGGAGGGAGGACCGUUAAACUCCUUCAGCAGCCCGGGACUGAGGGCUCCCAGGUACGAGGUCAGGCAUACUCAGUUUGGCACACUUUGGGACGGGCGCUCUUACGAUUAAACGCGGAGAAGCUGCAGCGCAUGGGGAUUAUCCACGAGUCUCAGCGGCAGGAAGUCCUCCAGCAGGUGCUCCAACUACAGGUGCGGGAAGAGGUCCGCAACCUUCAGCUCCUCAGUCAAGCUUCUUACGGAAAUGUCUCGUAACCCCACCACCUGUCUGGCAGCAGACUGGCGCAACACUGUGACCUGAAACAUCUCUGGGAUGAUGGACGGUGUGGACCGCACAGCGGGACUCCUCAACUGCAUGCUUGGGAAGAGAUGGGGACAGACUCCAAGGGACGCAGAGGGCGAUCACUCAUUUUCCCUCCCCCCGUGACACUUCAUUCUCCAUCUAGACCCCAGCCAUCCUCUAUGGCAGGACAAGCUGCAAAUCCAUGCCGCGAGAAGCAAGAGCCCCCCUAGACUCACAAGACUCGACCGUGCAGGUAUCCAGUCACAGUGUACAACUGCUCCUUGGCCGGACCCAGAGGUCACGGAUCUUCUUCUCUCGAUGAACACAGUGGACUUUCCAAGCCAGCAGAGUUUGCAAAGGUCUCCAUACGUAUUUCUUGUCUCAUUUCAACAGUCAUGAUAGUUUUCCCAAUGUGGUUGGGGAACAUGUGAGAGACGGUGCAGCGGAAGCAUGGUGCGGUUCCUCGCAAAGA